AUGUGGCGGCUGCCGGGACUGCUGAGCCGAGCCCUUCACCGCCUCCAUGCGCUGAAUGCUUCAAGCUCUAUCCAUGGGAUCCCAACCCUCCCCAGCAAUGAGGAGCUCCGGAACGCCACCUCAGCACUCAGUGCUGGACAGACUCCAUCUGAACAGAGUUAUUUUCUCUCACCUGGCUGGCAGAACGGACGGGGUCGAGAUGGUUGGGAGCAAGGGAAUGCGCAGCGACCCUUCUUGAACCUGCAGCCUCACUACACAGUCCUGGAUGCCUUCACCUGGGGCGCACUAGCUGUGCUUGUUCUGCAGUUGGCCAGGCAGAUCCCAUGGCUGAGCCCUGUGCCAGGGGCAGGAAGAGAGGAUGGGCAUCCCCAUGUGGGCGGGCUCCUCUCUUCUCUGCUAUCUCAUCAGCACUCAGUGCCAGCUGCAGGCUCAUCAAGUUGCCGCAGUAACCAAAAGGUGCCCUGCUUCCUGCUGGGAGGGAUUCCAGACGCUGCACCAGAGAAUCCAUCCCCUGGCAUCCCCUCAGGGCAAGGAAAGCCUCAGCUCUGCCCAGAAACAGGGGAGCGUCCAUUCCCUGAGAGCUGCAGCACCAGCCUGGGGCCAGCCCACUGCAGUGCACAGGGGCUGUCAUUUUCCACUCUGCAGGGGAAGCCAGCACAGCAGGAACGCCUGGAGGAAGCAGCUACCCAGCUGCAGCAGGUGUUCCGGGUCAGCGUUUCCACUGCGCUCAAUAUCCGUGGGAUUGAGAGUGUGAGUGAUGGCCACUACAGGGCAGCCUAUUCCUGCUUCAAGCUGGCAGCAGAUCGGGGCUACAGCAAAGCCCAGUUCAACGUGGGCCUGUGUUAUGAGCAUGGCAGAGGCACGGAGAAAGACCUGGCAAAGGCAGCUCUCUAUUACCAUCGUGCAGCCAGCAAUGGGCACCCCACGGCCCAGUACCGCUAUGCCAGGUUCCUCUUACGCCAUGGGCUCAAAGCUGAAGGGGCUGACAUGCAGAAGGCUGUGACUCUGCUGGAGCAGGCAGCAGCAGCAGGGCUAGUGGAGGCACAGGCCUACCUUGGGGUGCUCUACAUGAAGGGGCUGCAGUCUGCAAAGCAGAGGGCUCUGAAAUACCUGUGGCUGGCGGCCAAGAAUGGGGAUUCCCAAAGCAGAUACCUUGUUGGUGUUUGCUAUGAGAAGGGCCUUGGAGUACAACAGAACUUCGCAGAAGCAAUGGAGCAUUACCAGCACUCGGCUGCUGCAGGAAACAGACAUGCUCAGGAGAGAGUGCAAGUUGUUGAGCAGGAGAUGGCAGCCGCAGAGAGCAGCCAUCCAGCACCUUCUGGAAUGAGAGCGUUCUCCUCCAGCCCCUGCCUCUGGGUCCUGGAGCAACUAGCAGAGCAGCGCCAGGCCCCUCCGACGGGAUGUCGUGCUUUACCCCUGCCCCAUUCCUGGAGCACAGGCAGUCUGGCGGGGGCUGACAUCAGCUGA